AUGAGGCUCGCAGACCUGGCCAUUGAUGUUGCAGCGCUGCUCAGCGCCUCGCGAUCCGUAGCUACCAAGCACAUAGCCUUGAGAUCACGGCAGCUUGACGCAUAUAGCAAAACGUCAAACAUCACUACCAAAUGGCGAGAUGCGAAUCCCGCCGCCGCGGCCGCCCGAAGCGAACCUGAGAACAGGCGUCCCGGCCAGGAAGGACGCGACCGAGACCAGCAGCCAACUGAGCCUGUAGAGCAAAGUCGGCCUCGAUCCGCAAAUGAAGGUCCUGAAAUAGGGACCGACGGGCCGCGGGGGGCUGGCAGUGCUGCUUACGGGUAUGCAGAGGCCGCCCAGCAGAGACAAGAGGCCCUUAGGGUUGCCGCGGAAAGAAGGGACCUUCCAGAAGGCGUCGACAUCAACGUCUUUCACACCACUCGAGGCUCAAACGUACUGAGCGCGGUACGGAAGGGAAACGCAGCUUCGACACCACCACCGGGCGGUCCAGCCAAGGACCAUCCUAUGCGGCAUUGGCCUCCACCGCCGCCUACGAUACCUACAGAAGCAACGCCGGAAGAAAAGACCCCUUCACGCUCGAGUGCCAGAGGCGCCGAGUCGCAGUCGACUUCAGAUAUAUCAACGAGACCCGUUCAGCAACCAACGCAACCCGAGGCGACGGAGCUGGGCCACGAGAACAUAGAACUGGCCCAUAACGUGGCCAGUGUCGAAGCCCCGAGCACGCCAGCCUACGCUCUCCGGGAGUCCAAAGUUCCAGCGACACGCUUCAGUCGCCUCUGGAACUACGGCGGCCUAGCGGCUGGCAUGCUGGGGGGGGCCGUGACUGAGAGUGUAAGCAGAGCCCUUGGGGGUGGCGGCCAAGGGUCUGUCCUCUUGAGCGGCAAGAAUAUGGAAAGAAUGGUUGCGAAGCUGUCGCGAAUGCGGGGAGCCGCCUUGAAGCUCGGGCAAAUGAUGAGUUUUCAAGACUCAAAAAUGCUCCCUGCCCCCAUCCAAGAAGUCCUGCAGCGCGUGCAAGACAGGGCAGACUACAUGCCUGCCUGGCAGCGUGACAAGGUCCUGGUGACCAACCUGGGCCCGAACUGGCGCGACUUGUUCGGCGAAUUUCAAGAGACGCCCACGGCCGCCGCAUCCAUCGGCCAGGUCCACGAGGCAACUCUUCGCUCGAGCGGCGAAAAAGUCGCCGUCAAGAUCCAGUUCCCCGGAGUCGCAGACUCCAUCAACUCGGAUCUUGACAACCUCGGCAUGCUCCUCAACGCCACAAAACUGCUCCCCAAGGGCCUCUACCUCGACAAAACCAUCGACAACGCCCGUGUCGAACUCGGCUGGGAGUGCGACUACGAGCGCGAGGCCCGAUGCGCCCUCCGCUACAGGGAGCUGCUCAGGGACGAGCACAACGUCUUUGCGGCACCAAACGUCCACCUGGAGGCCUGCGGCAGGCAAGUCCUCACCAUGGACUUUAUGGACGGCGUGGGCGUCACCCGCGUCACGUCCUUCACCCCGGAACAGCGCGACUGGAUCGGCACGCAAGUCAUGCGUCUGUGCCUCCGGGAAAUCACCGAGUUCAGAUUCAUGCAGACGGACCCCAACUGGACAAACUUCCUGUACGACGCCCGGCGCGGGAAGCUCGUGCUCUUGGAUUUCGGCGCCUCCCGCGACUACCCCGAAGCCUUUGUCCGGCAGUACGUCCAGCUCCUGGACGCUGCGUCGCGCUCCGACGGCGCCGCCAUCAAGGACCUGUCCGAGCGUCUGGGCUACCUGACCGGCCACGAGAGCAAGACCAUGCUCGCAGCGCACACGCAGUCCAUACUGACGCUCGCCGAGCCGUUCAUGCAGUCCGCCCCAGAAGUGUACGACUUCAAAGACCAGACCAUCACGGAGAGAGUCAAGGCUCUCAUCCCGGUGAUGCUGAGGGAACGACUGGCCCCUCCGCCAGAGGAGACGUACAGCCUGCACCGCAAACUGAGCGGCGCGUUCCUGCUAUGCGCCAGGCUGGGCAGCAAGGUCCCCUGCAAGCAGAUGUUUGCCGACAGCGUCCAGCGGUCAGGAUACGUCAACUAG